CUGCAGAGGAAGUGAGGGUAGCGAAAACGAUAAGCGGUUUUAUAAUAUACGUUUCUGAAAUGAGGAAAUGCCUGGUCAAGGGCGAAACUCUGAGGGCAGUUAAAAUGGGUCCAGACAGAGGGAUUUGUAAAGCAGACAUAGUAGAAAGCAGAGAAAAGUAUCAAUGGCUGUGGACAACAGAUGGACAGAUUCAUAAUGCGGCUGAUACGCGGCUCUGUUUUGAAUAUGACGAAGAUGCUUUAUUACUGCGAGAGUACACCAAACUGCGCCUUGGACAAUGCAACUACCGCAAAAGAACUCAGAAAUGGAAAUGCAAGCUAUUGAAAGGUGGGAAAUAUCUGAUCCUCUCUGCAAAUGGGAGAUCGAAAGCGCGUUGGUUUCAUCGCAAAUAUGAACUCAUUAUUACCCGAACGCUGAAGAGCUCACGCAACACCUUCGUCAAAUUCUUGGCCAGAUUUAACGCGCGUUGGUUUUAUAACAAAAAUAAAUACGUUAUUAACCGAACGCUCAAGAACGGGGCCUUCGUCGAUUUCCACACCUACGACAGGGCUGGAGAAAGAAUAUGUGACUUCAAUCACCGAGAUCACUGUCUCCAAACUGUUGCAAAGAUACCAACGACAGAUGAUACAUGCCUCCUUACAAUGGCGAAACGCGGCAUCAGCGGUUACGCAGAGGUGAAAAUUACAAACAAGACACCUCUUACGGUCUUCAUAGUGUCGUUCUGGAUGAAAAUUCAACUGUCAAAAGAAAUGGGAUAUAAAAUGUCCGUGUUUUCAUACACCGUCAACGAUACAGUCGUAUUGAGUUUGGCUCAAUCUCAGAGAUACAAAAGUAGAAUUAAGUUCUUUGAUAAACAAAUGGAUGUUGACACCUUCCCGAAUAGGAAACAUGUGUAUUUUGAAAAGAGUCACUGGAUUCAUAUAACUAUCAGUCGUUCAUCACGAGAUGGAACGCUGCGUUACUACUGCAACGAAAUCCUUCUUCACACGCACAAGCAUGCGAACCAGAAAGCAAUCCCAGGAACGGGCAUUCUCCGUUUCGGCAACUCAGAAUUGAAAGGGGCGAGGUUUUUCAAUGGUUUGAUCUCCCAAUUCAAUAUAUUCCAAGAGGCUCUAACUUCCGAUCUAUAUAGGAUUCAAUAUUUAAUCGGAAAACAGCACUGUUGCCACGAUGAUUUACCGCGCGGUGAUUGGUUGAAGUGGGAUGACGUGAUCAGUUCGUGGAAAUUACAUGGAAACGCUCGUGUCGACAAAGGAGUUCAGUGCACUACCUUUGAAAGAAUCGCCUUUGGUGGCGAUUGGAUCAGCGAUGAAUACAAGCGUCAAACCUGCACAACGUCUUUAAUGGUCUCCGAUCCUCGAUAUAUUCCUGACUACCAUUUCAGUGCGUCGACCUGGACCUCAGGUGGAAAACCAUCGUCCGGUCGUGCGUCAAAGAAAAUAGCGAACGCAUGGUGUCCCGAGAGCAAUGAUCGAGAAAGCUAUCUUCAGGUGGAUUUGGGUUAUGUGCAGAGAGUAUCGGAAAUCGGAACGACGGUGAAGAUGAAAGGGCGUCAUGCUAAAAGAAUCAAAGUUCAUUACAGUGAGAAUGGUGUUCAUUGGAAAAGCGAUGGAAAGGUGUAUGAGGCUAGUCAACGUUUAGUGCCCGCCAUCAAGAUCGUCCCGUUAAUAGCUCCGGUUACAGCUCGAUAUCUUCGCCUGUUUCCAACUGGCUGUGUACCAUCACGUUGUUGUUUGGCUGUCGAAGUAUUUGGAUGCGAUCCAGAGAUUCUUCAAAAAAUUUCUGAAGUCGAAGAUGGUUGUACUAGACGAGAUAAGCCUUACCUUCUCAUGUAUCUUCCCCUCUCUCAACACAUAACACGGAUACAGCUAACAGCGGAAAAAGGGAAAAAGCCAAUCAGAUCAUUUUACAUGUAUUACGUGUCAUGGAGACAGUGGAUACCAUAUCAAGUUGACGGCAAACUAAAGGUUUUCAGUGGAAACAGUCGUACAACAAAACCAUUAACUCACAUUCUUCCCAUACCAAUUUUCACCACUCUCAUAAAGAUAUUUCCAAUUCCUUAUGGAACAACGGCAUGCGGUGAAUUCACCUUCAUUGGAUGUCAUAGCCCACGCGACGAUCUUUGCACCGAGGAAGAGAAAGAAGUGUUCACGGAUUGUAUUGCUCGUAAGCUGCCUCCGCAAUGCAGUCUUGGUUUUAUUGGAAAUGGACAUAUUUGUCGGGACCUGAACGAGUGCGAUGUUAAGACUGGAGCCUACUGUGAUCGAAACAGUCUGUGUCGGAACAAACACGGAUCCUUCACGUGCGAUCCAUGCAAGAACAGCUUCAUCGGCGAUGGCCGCAUCUGUCAAACGUCCUGUGAAGCAAUGGGUAUCACGUGUGGUGCAAACUCGUAUUGUGACGUCGACGAGUGUAAAUGUUACGAGGGAUUCAUUCAAAACGGAACUCGAGGUUGCGUUGACGAUCCAACCUUCGAAAAGGCCAAUGAACCGCCUACAGCCAUGCAACCCGACGAAAUUGACGGUCUUUGCCCAGACGGAUUUUUCAACUGUUACGGCGAUGUUGUUGGUACCAUUGAUAAAUUGAGGAAAGCAACGAUGAUGUUUGAACACUUCGACUACCACGAUGAUUGUAGUAAUUAGAUCAACUAU